AUGGCAUCAAGGACUUAGAGAUUCAUGCAAAUAUUUGGCUCUGCAUUUUACUACUAUAAUUAUGCUGGAGUGCUUAUUGGAGCUUUUACCUUCCUUAAUCAAUCAUAAGAUCGCAAGAAUUACUUUUUGCUAAACGCCUUGAAGCAUUUUAUUUUCAUGGGGAAUUCAUAUUUCAUUUUUAUGUAAAAACUCAAGGGAUUUGAUCACACUCUUCUGUUGUUCCUUAAUGAUACAGCUGCAUUCUUGUGCUGUGCACCAGCUUAUUCAAUCUACAGCUAUGCUUUAUUGAAAGCUAAGUAUGAAAAUUAUAGGUCUGUUUCUAUAGAAACUGAUUAAUAGAUGCAAUAAACCUCAAUAGCUACUUAAGAUGAUAAAAAUUAAAAUAGUCUCGAUUAGCUUUUAGAACAAAAAAGAGAGGAGUACAUUUAGAAGUUAUUGCAAAAGGAGGAAAAUGAUAAACUAAAUGAGAGUGAAAUAGAUGUGAGAUAAAAUAAUAUCUUUUAAGAUAUUAGGCAAUGGUAUUAUGAAUAAAACAAGCCUGUUGCCUAGACUGUAGAAUUAAGUGGUUAUGGACUGCUAGCUGCUAAUCUCUUAUAUAUAAUAAAACUUAGGUAUAGAAAAUGA